AUGGAUACAGCUUUAGAGGUGCUUGACCUUCAUUCAAUUUUAACUCCUAUCAAUUUAAAAACUAUUGAAACAAAAUUUAAUCCUUAUAAAAAUAAUCAAAUAUAUUUUGAAUGGUAUAAUUUUGAUUAUGAUUCGACAUUUCAAAAUUUACAAGAAAGUGGGUCAGACUACACGGCUUAUAAAAGUUUAAAGCAUAAAUAUAACUCUGGAAAAAAAUCAUUGCCGUGGAUUAUGGGAUUUCUUAAUCAUGACAAUGUUCUUUUUUUACAAAAUAUAGUAACACGUCAUUAUCCUCAUAUAUUCGAUCAAUAUAACAAAACUAUAAAAGCAUUUCAAAAAGAAACUAAAUUAGAAAAUACUGUAAAACGCGUGGCUCGCGAGCUUGAUAAUAAAAUGGAUGAAAAUGAAUUACAAAUUACUAAUAGAAUUUUACUUGAACGCCAAGGCAAAUAUUUAACUCCACAAGAAACCCAGGCGUUAAUAGUAAAGUAUAAUGAAUUAGUUCAAAAAAAUUAUAUCUUAAAUCGAAAAAUCCAUCGGCUUCAACAAAAAAUUACUGAACUAACUAAUGAUAAUGAACAAUUUGAUACUGAAAAAAAUUCUAGUAAGCUAUUAGAAAUAAUAGAAGAAAAUAUUAAUAAAGUUAAACUCGGAUCAACUAUUUUUGUAGACUCAAAAAAAUAUCUUUUAUUAGUUUUUUCACAACCAUGUAUCAAUUGCGGCAACAAUCAAAUUUCUAAACGUACACAUAUCGUUGAUACUAUUGGGUUUUCAGUAAAAUGUCAAAUUAUUUGUCAUUUAUGUG